AUGUCUCGCUCCCUGCAAGCAUCCGCCCUCUCCUUCGUGCUCCUCUCCAUCGGACACACGAUUGGCGGCAAGAAAUGGACGGCUGAAAAGGUCUUCACUGCUACCAAGGGCUCUAAAUCCUGGGCCUGUGGGACUGUGGGGUGGUAUCAGGGGAGUGCUUUCUUCCUGUUGACGGGUAUGUACUCUGGACUCUUUACCAUUUUGCUAUAUGGUGGCUUAUACGAGAUCUCCCCAGGGAUUCUCCAUUACCAGUGGUCGCGCGAUCCCUCUGCGCUGAGCGACCCGCUGAAUAAGGCUAUGGCGGGCAUCGUCAACGUCCUCCUGUGGACUAGCUCAGCUUGGUAUGCUAAGAAUGGCAUCAAGGACAAUGCGUUUGCAGUGGGGCUUUCGGCUGCGUUGCAAGGUGCUGCUGUUCUGAAGCAGAUUCUGUAA